CACAAAGUAUCCUAUAAAUUGAGCCUGCACUGUGUGACUUUUGUAUGUGCCUUAUAUUAUAACAUUGUGCAUAGACCAUAGCUUAAUCCGGCAUGUCAAACUCAAACACAAAGAAAAGUCGUGGCCGGCAAAGGAUCGAGAUGAAGAAAAUGAGCAACGAGAGCAACUUGCAAGUGACGUUUUCGAAGCGUCGCAGUGGAGUUUUCAAGAAAGCGAGUGAGCUUUGCACUCUAUGCGGCACUGACGUGGCUCUAAUUAUGUUCUCUCCGAGUGACAAGGUCUUCUCCUUUGGCCACCCUAGCGUGGAUGCUGUGAUAGAGCGGUAUCUCGCACGGGCCCCAUUGCCAAACUCAAGCACCAUGCAGUUCAUCGAGGCUCACCGCACUGCCAACGUGAAUGAGCUUAACACACAGCUCACUCAGAUCAACAUCCAACUCGACGCUGAAAGGAAGCGUGCCGAGGAGUUGGCUCGUCUGAAAAAGGUUGUUCAAGCCCAAAUGUGGUGGGCCUCGCCGAUUGAGGAGAUGAGUACAGCCCAAUUGGAGCAGUUCAAGCUGGUGUUGGAGGAGCUGAAGAAACACGUUGCGUGCCUUGUUGAUAGAGUUAUGCUUCAGAGUGUUGCAAACCCUGCUCAUCAGUUUUUCCCUGGAGCAUCUUCCUCUCCCAACCUUGUGCAUCAACCACAGCCACCCCAGGAGUUCCCCCAACAGUUCAUUCAACCACCCAUGCUUCAAAACUAUAUGUUUUCUAAUAGGACCAUGACGCAUCAGUAUCACCAUGGAUUCAAUAACACGGGAUCCGGAGGAUAUGGAUCUAUUGGUGGUUUCUUUUGAUCU